GUCCAACAUGGCUCCUGCCAGCCGGGUUGUGGUUGUAUCUGCGCUCUCACUCUGUCUGUGCCGGCUCGUCUUUUCCACAGAGUAUUUCUCAACUCUCACGUUUUUCAACAAUGAGCUCCACAAACAAGGAUGUAGUUCGCUGUCCGACUGGGAAGAAUACGCGGCUGACUGCGAGUCUUCUAUUUUACAGUUGGAGGACCCAGACUGUGAGGAGGGAAGCAACCUGCCCUGCGAUUCAGUCUUUUCACUUAACGCUGAGAAGAUCCUGAACCAGGCCAAGUUGUUUCUUGAACAGAAAAAAAUUCCUUUCCCUGUAGAUACCCACAACACAAAUGAAGAACUUGCUAUAGGCUACGUUCUGAUCGGCAACGGUCUUUACGAUGAAGCCAUUAAACAUUUCUCACUCUUACUACAGGGUGACCCAGAGCUGGUCAGUGCCAUUUAUGGGCGAGGGAUUUCUUACGGGAAGAAAAGUCUCCAGGACAUUAAAAAUGCUGACUUGGCACUGUAUGAACUCAAUCGAGUAAUCGCUCUCGAACCGAACUGGCCAGAAGUCUAUGAACAGAGAGCAGAGAUCCUGUCUCCUUUGGGUCGUAUCAGCGAGGCCCUUGGUGACCUGUCUAAAGCCAUCCAUCUGCAACCCUCAGCUCGCCUGUACAGACACAGGGGGACUCUGCUUUUCAUCUCAGAGGAUUAUGUAGCCGCUAUGGAGGACUUCCAGCAGUCUUUAGAACUGAAGAAAAAUCAGCCUAUCGCCAUGCUCUAUAAGGGCUUGACCUUCUUCCACAGAGGCAUGCUAAAGGAAGCCAUUGAGAUAUUCAAAGAGGCACUAAAGCUGAAGUCUGACUUCAUAGAUGCAUAUAAGAGCCUUGGACAGGCCUACAGAGAGCUUGGAGAUUUUGAAUCGGCAAUGGAGAGCUUCCAAAAAGCCCUUAUGCUAAACCAGAAUCACAUUCAGUCUCUCCAGCUUCGAGGCAUGAUGCUGUACCACCACGGCUCUCUACAAGAAGCCAUUGGCAACUUUAAAAGGUGCCUUCAGUUGGAGCCCUAUAAUGAGGUGUGUCAGUACAUGAAGGGUUUAAGUCAUGUGGCCAUGGGACAGUUCUAUGAAGGCAUCAAAGCUCAAACUAAGGUCAUGUUGAAUGAUCCUAUGUUAGGGCAGAAAGCCAGCUCUGAGUACCUCAAAGUCAAAUACCUCAGAGAGUACUCUCGCUAUCUACAUUCUCACCUGGACAUUCCAGUGGCAGAGUACAAUGUGGACCAUGACUUGCCGGGAAACUUUAAGAAUCACUGGGCUAAGAACUUGCCUUUUCUACUGGAGGACUAUGAAGAACAGCCGGGCCUACAGCCACAUAUCAAGGAUGUGCUGCCACAGAACUUUGACAGCUACAGCAGUGAGAUUCAGAAACUGAUCUGCACAGCUGACCAUCUGGGUGCACUAAUGCAAUAUGACACGCCAGGUUUCUUACCAAAUAGGAGAAUACACAGAGCAAUGGGCUUAGGAACCCUGGAGGUGAUGCAGACCAUGCACAGGACAUGGAGCAACUCCAAAGUGCGGGUCAAUGGCAAGACCCGGCAAAUGCAGUGGAGAGACAUGUUCGACAUAGCUGUCAAAUGGAGGAGAAUUGCAGAUCCAGAUCAGCCAGUUUUGUGGUUAGACCAAAUGCCAGCCAGGAGUCUCAGUCGAGGCUUCAACAAUCACAUCAAUCUCAUCAGGGGGCAGAUUAUCAACAUCAGAUAUCUUGCCUACUUUGACAAUAUCCUCGAUUUCAUCAAAGACAGAAUACUUGUGUAUCACGGGGCAUACAAUCCUAGAGGGCUCCUAGAAGUGCGUCAGGCCCUUGAAAAUGUUAAUAAAGUAGAAGAUCUACUUCCUAUAAUGAAGCAGUUCAACAGUAAAACUAGAGAUGGCUUCACGGUCAACUCCAAAGUGCCAAGUACGAAGGAUCCUGGGAAAGAGUACGAUGGUUUCACCAUCACCAUCACUGGAGAUAGGGUGGGCAACAUGUUAUUCUCAGUGGAGACUCAAACCACAGAAGAACGCACACAACAGUACCAGUCUGAGAUAGAGUCCAUCUACAAGGACCUUACUGCCAAAGGGAAGGCGUUAAUGCUGUCCACAGAACUUGGGGAUGCAGAUGCCGUGUGCAACUUGAUCCUGUCCUUAGUUUAUUAUUUCUGCAACCUCAUGCCUCUCUCCAGAGGGUCCAGUGUGGUGGCCUACUCAGUCGUGAUGGGGGCACUGAUGGCCAGCGGGAAAGAGGUUGCCGGUAGGAUCCCUAAAGGAAAGCUGGUGGAUUUUGAAGCCAUGACAACUUCCAGCCCAGACAGCUUCAGUAAAACAGCAAAAAGUUGGAUGAAUCUAAAGAGUUUACCAAGCUGGUACCAGAGUCUUCCAUCUGUAGCAGAGACGUUCCCGUCCACUAGAACAAUGAUCGAGGUUCUCAAUACAGAUUCUUCUUCACACUGUCCAAAGAAGUCUUAACACAACUUCCAUACGGGGCGGAGUCUGUUCAGUAGUCUUAAUCCAAGCUUGAUAAAACCAAGGGACUUUCCUUUUUGGCAACUAAGGCAACUUGGACUGAGUUCUCCAAAUGUAUCUUGACUGCUAAGAUGAUCUGUACGCUUUUAGUUAUUUAGAUUUUAAGGAACAAAAUGAUGACUGUGCUGGGUUAUUUCCUGUCAUCCUCUCUUAAAUACUCUCUGCUUUUUUCCAGACCUUAAUCAUCUUUU